GCUGAGUCCUGAACACGUUGGAUGUGUUGCCCUAGGAUGUAUCAAUGUUUCAAUCCAGCUGACUCGUUGCUUGUCACCAGAACUUAUUCCUUACUUACGUGUUGGUCAAGAAGUCUUUUUAAAAGUUAUUUCUAUUGACUUUCAGAGAAAGGUUCUCCAUAUAGGAGGAAAGAUUACCAGUGAAUGUAUUCAAUUCAUGAAGGAUAUCGACCCCCAUCCACAAGUUAUCAACGGAGACGAAGCUGUAAGUGAAGAUGGUUCUUCCCUAAGUCAUGACAACACUUUUAAUGUAGCAGGUGUUGUAAAGAAGGAAAAUUCACUUACUGACUGUGGGACCAAACCCUCGACAACAAGUUUACAGGAUUCCCUGGACACUAUCACACCAACUAAGUGUUUGGACACAAACGACAUUACUAAAAAUAAAUCAGUGAAAAAGAAGAAUAAAAGAAACAAGAAAAUAAAAACAUCUCCCAAAAAAUCUAAAAAGAGCAAAAAGAAUCUAAGCAAACAAAGUUCCAGUAGAAAAGAUAAAACUAAAAAUCUGAAGAAAAGGAAACAAAACAAACUUACAAAGAAGAGGUUAAAAAAGACUUCUUAACAGAAAAUCGAUGCUGAAGACAAAAAGUUUGGAAACAUCUUAUUGUACAUGCCAAUGUAAAAUCUAAAAGUUAUAAAUAAAGUUUUUGUUAAUUUGGA